UUCGGGUUUCCCAUUCAUCCAUACCCCGUGAGAGCAUCCUUCCAUACCUCAAAAACUCUCACAGACUCACACAAUGGGUGAUGUGGUACUCUCAGCCUUUCUGCAAGUCCUUUUUCAGGGAAUUGCACAUACCAUGAAGGAGGAGCUGAAGAAAUCAGAUUGUCUUGAGAAAGAGAGGGGACUCCUGACUUCUAAAGUGGAAAUGAUACAGGCCGUUCUUAGAGGAGCUGAGAAUAUGCAGCUUUCUGAGCCACAGAAAUUGUGGUUUGGUAAGCUGAAAGAUGUCAGCUACGACGCAAUGGAGGUAUUGGAUAAGUACCUCUAUGAAGAUCAUCGACGUCAACAUCUUUCCAGUGUGCGCAAUAACAAAGUAAGUUCUGCCAUGAAUCCUAAGCGUCAGUACUUUAGGAUCACCAUGGCAAGGGAGAUAAAGGAUGUAGCUAUGAGGAUUGAUGAUCUGCUGAAGACUGCAGCGGGCUUCAAGUUCCAAGUGGAGGUCCAUGGCCAGACAAGUCUACAGACUCAAGGGAGUAGCAGUAGCAGUCAUCCGAGCAGCUCUUUUCCUCCACCUGACGCUCACUGCAGACAAGAAGAUCAUGAGCGUAUUGUCGAGAUGCUUCUUAGUUCUGAUCAGAAUCACAAGGUUCAAGUCUUGCCAAUAGUUGGGGAGGCUUGCAUCGGGAAGACAACUGUCGCUCAGCUCGUCAUCACUGACGAGCGAAUUUUAUUGCACUUCAAGCUGAGGCCUUGGGUUCAUGUCUCAAAUGAGUUUAAUAUAAGAAGGAUCACAGCAGAUAUCAUAGAAUCUAUAGAAGGCUCUUCACCUCGUUUCAACAACCUGGAUAGCCUCCAGAGGCACCUGGGAAACCUUCUGCGAGAAAGAAGGUAUCUGCUUGUCGUGGAUGACUAUUGGCAAAGGGACUGGCAUGACUGGGAGCAGCUCACAUGUCCGCUUCUCAGCGGUGCUCCUGGAAGCAAGAUCAUUGUUACAAGAAUUGGUGCAGUGGCUGAAGAUCUUCGUACCUCUGAUCGUCUUGGUAUCUAUGUUCCUUACAAGUUGCGAGGUCUAUCAGAACAGGACUGCUGGUCAUUGUUCUGCAAACAUGCCCAGUGUAACCCAAGCACAGAUGCCCAGCGAUAUGGUUUUGGAGAUUCUCGAAGCAGCAGAUUGAUCGAUGAAGUCGUACUGAAAUGCAAGGGUGUACCAAUCAUAGCAGCCAGUUUGGGCCACAGACUGCAGCAAGAGAAGGACAAAUGCAAGUGGGCAGCUAUUCUGCGGGAGGAGAAUUGGGAAUCCAAUCAAUCUAACUACAUGAGAUCCCUUCGAAUGAAUUAUGCACAAUUAGAUUCACAUCUGAAGCCAUGUUUCGCGUACUGCUCCAUUUUCCCACAAAAUUUUCAGUUUGAGGAGGAAUGGCUUAUCCAGCUUUGGGAGGCUCAAGUGUUCAUCCCACGUUUCCCUAACAUUGCAGAGAUGAUGGCUGCUGGGAGCAACUACUUCAGAUCUUUUGUGCAACUAUCUUUUUUCCAGCGUGUGCAUUUCGGCCACAUCAGGGAGCGAGACCUCUAUAGCAUUCCACAAAAAAUGCAAGAGCUCGCUUUACAUGUUUCUGCUGGUGACUGCUACAUCUUGGGGUCGGAUCGGCCUUGCGAUUCUCCAAAGAAGGUCCGACAUUUAACAGUACAGUUUGACAAGCUUGCCAAUGUUAACAGGCUUGAUGAAAUCUCCAACUACACGUCUUUGUAUACACUUCUAAUUGUUGGUGGCCCUGCAAAUUAUCCACCUAGCAUCCUAAAUGACGUGCUUCAAAAUACACUUCAGACAGUUCAGAGGCUUCGAGUUUUAGAUGUGAGCAAUUUUGGCCUAAGUGAGCUGCCUGAAUCAAUUGGAGAUCUGAUACACCUUCGCUGUCUUCAGCUCCGAGGCACCAAGAUAAGAAGGCUUCCUGAAUCAGUCUGUCAUCUGUACCACCUUCAAACUCUGGGCCUCAGAAAUUGCUAUUAUCUUGAAGAGUUGCCAACUGAUAUAAAGUAUCUUGGUAAGCUAAGGCAUAUUGAUCUACAUCUGGAUAAUCACCAGCCUACACAGUUGAAGCAUAUGCCUGAGGGUAUAGGUUCACUGAUUGGUCUUCACACACUGUCAAGGUUUGUGAUAAGUACGAGGAGAGGUCGCCAUCGCCACAGCAGUGUUCACGAGCUAUCUAAGUUGAUCAAUCUCAGCGGGGCACUUCUGAUUUCAAAUCUGGACAUUGUUAAGGAUGCACAAGAAGCUCAACAGGCGGAUUUAGCUUCCAAGAAGCUCCUACGAAAGCUAGAGCUUUCAUGGUGUGAGAACACCAACAAGCAACUUGAUGAAGAUACAAUUAUAGAGAACCUAAAACCAGCUAACACCCUCAAUGAGCUAACCGUUUCAGGCUACGGCGGAUUGGCGUGUCCUAGCUGGCUUUGUUCUGAAAACUACAUGCAUGAUCUAGUCACUGUACGGCUUCAUGGGUUUAAGAGCUGCGAUGCUCUUCCUUCACUGGGACUUCUACCACAGCUUAAAAAUCUCUACCUGACAAGCUGGGAUCAAUUGAAAUUUAUAAACAGUAGCUCUUAUGUUUAUGGUCAUGGUGCCAGUUUCCUAUCUUUGAAGAAGUUUCAUUUGGAGGGGAUGCACAGCUUGCAGCGAUGGGAAUGGGAUGAGCUGUGUACAUUCGCCCCUGGUCUGCGUGAGCUUGUUGUCAAGAAUUGCCCUCAACUUCGUGAGCUUCCACGGUGCAUUCAGAACCUUCGAGACUUGGAAGACAUGGAGAUUGUUGGCUGUUGGGAGCUCGCUCUCCUCCCACAUUUGAAUGGCCUUACUUCACUGCAAAGACUGGAGAUUUCAGACUGCAAUUCGAUUUGUUCCCUGCCAUGCACUGGCUUGCCUAGGUCACUGCAGGUCUUGAGCAUAAACAAUUGUCAUCAGCUUAGCCACUCUUGCAAGAAUCUGAGAAGCAUCAUCUCUUCGGUGUGGAUCGACGGACAUCGUAUUUAGUCUGGCUGUAUGAGUGUACUACCAUGAUAAUGAUAUAUAUAGGGCUCAAGUAAGAUUUAGCUAGGAUUCUGAAGUUCCUGAAAAGUAGACUCUGUACGGUUCUACUAGAGUUUGGGGUUUAAACUUUUUUUUUGAUCGGCUUUGGGGGUUUAAACUUUAAAUGAUAGCUAGGAUUUUGAAGCACAUAUACUUCCUAGAAUGUGAACCAAACACAACCUUAAUUCCAGCGAUUGUACAUUUCAUCUCACCGUGACUGGUAUAUGUGCUUCAGAUUCUAUCUUCUGUAACAAAAUAUGUACAAUUCAUCUUCGGUUUUUCAGUUGUUAUUCA